AUUGCCCGUGCUUUGUGGCGCUGACCUGUGCGCGCGCUCUCAUCCAGUCAUUGACGCCCGAGCGGCAGCAGUGCUUACGCGCAUUCUCAGUGCGAUGGGAGUCCUGUGAGGAUGGACCCACGGCAAAUACUCCGACUCUUGAUCGUUUUAUCGGGAUUGAACGGAGCGUGUGAUUCUCUGUUCUGUAACUGCACUACACCACACUGUGAGAAGGAUGGUUUUAAGUGCGAGACCAACGGGGCGUGCGUGGCCUCCACCUCUAUCAUUGAAGGACAGGAGAAGCAUGUGCGGCUCUGCAUUCAGAAAGAGAAGCUGGUUCCUCCUGGCCAGCCGUUCUACUGCCUCAGCGCAGAGGGUCUGAUGAACACACACUGUUGCUACUCGGAUUACUGCAACAGCAUUGACCUCAGGGUACCAACCGUGACAAACGGUCCGGGCGCAGGCCAGGACUGGGGGCCGGUGGAGCUCACUGCAGUGGUGGCCGGUCCAGUCUUUGUGCUGUGUGUGCUGGUUCUGCUGGGUCUCUUCCUCUUCCAGCACCACCAGCGUGCCUACGGCCACCGGCAGAGGCUGGAGGUGGAGGACCCCAGCACUGAACAUAUGUUCCUGGCCAAGGACAAGACCUUACAGGAUCUCAUCUACGACCUCUCCACCUCAGGGUCUGGGUCAGGUCUGCCACUGUUUGUCCAGAGGACAGUGGCCCGUACCAUAGUGCUGCAGGAGAUCAUCGGUAAAGGGCGCUUUGGGGAGGUGUGGAGGGGGAAGUGGAGAGGUGGAGACGUCGCCGUGAAGAUUUUCUCCUCUCGUGAAGAACGCUCCUGGUUUCGUGAAGCUGAAAUCUACCAGACCAUCAUGCUCCGCCACGAGAACAUUCUGGGCUUCAUUGCCGCCGACAACAAAGAUAAUGGCACAUGGACUCAGUUGUGGUUGGUGUCAGACUAUCAUGAGAAUGGAUCCCUGUUUGACUAUCUGAACCGAUAUUCAGUCACCAUUGAGGGCAUGAUCAAACUGGCACUGACGGCUGCCAGCGGCCUGGCACACCUGCAUAUGGAGAUAUUGGGCACUCAGGGUAAGCCUGGCAUCGCUCACCGUGACCUGAAGUCCAAGAACAUCCUGGUGAAGAAAAACUGCACGUGUGCAAUUGCUGAUCUUGGCUUGGCAGUUCGUCACGAGUCCGUCUCUGACACCAUUGAUAUCGCCCCCAACCAGCGUGUCGGCACUAAGAGGUACAUGGCACCUGAGGUUCUGGAAGAGAGUAUAAACAUGCGUCACUUCGACUCGUUUAAAUGCGCUGAUAUCUACGCUCUAGGACUCGUGUACUGGGAGAUCGCUCGCCGCUGCAACGCUGGAGGUAUUCACGAAGAGUACCAACUGCCCUACUAUGAUCUGGUGCCCUCCGAUCCAUCCAUAGAGGAAAUGAGGAAAGUUGUAUGUGACCAGAGGUUACGACCCAACAUACCAAACUGGUGGCAAAGCUAUGAGGCAUUGCGUGUGAUGGGGAAGAUCAUGCGGGAGUGCUGGUACGCGAACGGCGCUGCGCGACUGACUGCUCUCCGUAUCAAGAAAACCCUGUCUCAACUCAGCGUGGAUGAAGACAUGAAAAUCUGAACGGAAACACUACCAUCUGCGCGAAAGAGCGUAACACUCCUAGGAAACACAACGUGUACAGACAUACUACCACUCUAAACUAUCCUGCCAGUUUAAAAAUGAUUUCCGUCCACUGAGUUGUGACGGGGCCUACCUCACCCCACCGCCAAAACUACUGAACCUACGCUACCGUCUCUUCCUCUGAAACGACCUCGGACUGCAAAUACUGACACGCGUCUAUCUACUACUACUACUACUACCACCGCCCAACUCUGUAAUCAAAAUGCGACUUUCAUGAUUUCUGUUCAAAUCAGUUCUCCCCAAAGAUCAUUUUUAAAACAUAUUUAACCCUUUUAACUUCUGAUGAACACAGUCAUUUUGAUGCAGGUUCGUUGCUUUCUCUUAGAUCAGUCUAGCAGGAUACCUCGGUUAACCAGUUUAUGGUAGACGGGGUGAAUUGGUUCAAGGUGGACUGAUGGCACUGCUUGAUGAGCGUGACCGACAUGAUCAGCUGUUUCCUUUUCCUAGCCAGUGUUUCAUAACCACGUUAAAGCUGUUAGCAAAACGACCUUAUUUGCACUUUAUUACAGAGGAUUCGUGGAUUAUAGCCAUCUUCAUUUUUGGAAUCACACACUGGCGCACACAUCUAUUCUUACUACUGAACGGUACGGAGAUGUCUAUUUAUUUUAGCUUGUAGAUCCUUCAUAUUGUCCUUAUUUUUUUAUCGCCAUUAGAUUUCCUUCUCUCCUCCAUGGGCAAAUAAAGCUACUGUACAUAGUAUAUUUUUUAAAAGUAUGGAAGUGUAAAUAGCAUACUUUUUUUUCAUUUCCGAAUCCUUUGACUAAGCUAAAGUGUUGGCAUUUUGAUCGUAUUUAUACGUCCUGAGCGUUGGACAGGAGCAGGGUCAUCUGAGAUGUGAAGCUGUGCGGGUCACCGGUCCGUUAAAACCCAACCAGAACUGCUGGGUAAAGUACAGGCUUUUGUUAAAGUUUGUUUUUCAUAGCUAAACCUGUUUGUUGCUUCUCUCUGUAGCAUUAAAUGACACUAAAAAUGAUGACAACACUUAACGCACAUUUUAUUAGUUGAGGAGUUCUGGGACUGUUUUGUAAGCUCUUGUUUAAGGAACAAUUCAUGCAAUGGUCAUUUAUUCACCCUCAUAUUAUUCCAAACUUGUAUGAUUGAUUUUUUUUUUUUCCAUGCAACCCAAAAGGAGACAUUGAGCAGAAUGUGCACGCUGCACUUUUCCAUGAAAUCAAGCUCCAAAAAGGAAUCUGCAUAACACUUUUUGUGCUAUAUUCCAAGUUCUCUGAAUUUAUAUGGACUACAUCUAUGAUGCUUUUUUUUGUGAGCUUGACACUCCCAGAAUUCAUUCACUUUCAUCGUAAAGAAAAGCGUUGCUUGAGCGUUCCUCCGACUCCAAUGGGAGAAAGAAAGUCAGGUUUUUAUCAACAUGAGAGUGAAUUAAGUGACAGGAUUUUAAUUUAAUUUUUGCGUGAACUAUUCCUCAAAGGCACAAUGUCUCCAGUGAUUCUAGAGGAAAUAGAUCUCAUUCUUCUUCAUGCACUGGCCUGUAAUGGGAAGAACGACUUGAAAAUGUAACUUGACUUGAAAAGUUUGGCGUCGAAGCCUUUUUACUCCUAUUACACUGUAUUUAUGACUCCAGACAGACAUUCAUUUCCUCUCUUAUACUCAAAGGAUAUACUACUGCCCUCCUCUCCCUUUCCGCUUCUGUAUGGAAUAUGCAAGAUGUAAAUAUAGUUUCUAUAAUGUAUGACCUUUUUUAAUAAUCAACUUUGAUUCCGUAGACAAUUGUGUGGUUGUAGCUAGCUGUAUUUUAUUUAAUCUGUUUUGUGGUUUGUUUUUUUUAAUUGUGACUCAGUUCAGAUUUAAUUCAGGUUUAAUUUGUAUAGCGCUUUUAACAGUAGGAAUUGUCUUGAAGCAGCUGUACAGGGGUUUUGGUCUGUGGUCUUUCAUUUUAUUUUAUUUGAUUUUAAUCUCCCAAUCGCUUACCUGAUGUUUCAGGAUUAGUGUCUCGAGUAUGUGUCUGAUGUUUGACAAUCAGAAUAAGUACUGUUAUAUCUCAUUCGUCCAUUUACAACAAUUCAGUCACCUUACUCUAUUUAAUGUUAUUAAAAUGUGUCCAGAGAAAGCCAAAAAUGAUUGCGUAUGGUUGGAAGAUGGUUUCUUUUAGAUUUUAUUUUCAUGUUAUUUUUGUAAUAUGGAUCCAAAAAGGACAAACUACCAUGUCAGCUUAUGUGAAAUGUGAUUGUAACACUGGAUUGAUUGAGUUUCAACACUACUGACAACUAGAAGACUACACUGGCACACUAGCUGCUGACUGUCAAAUCUGUCAGUAUCAUAAGGAAAAUCUUUUAGGAUUGAGAAUAAGAGUUCUGGUUUGAAUUCUAUUUGUUUCUAUUGUUAAACGAGAGUUUGAAUUCAGAGUUUGUACAUGUAUUUAUAGCUUCCAGAAAGCGUCUCAGCUGCUGGCAGGAUUUGGGCUUCAUGAACGACUAGUCCCUUUCAUCCACUCGCUGCAGUGGAGACAUCCGUCGCCUGGCUAAUUAUAAUGGAUAAAAGACGGCAACAAUGUGAUUUAUGGCGUGCAAACAGUCCUAGUCCUGGUUUAUCAUAAGGAAGUUUCCUCUAUCCUCUGACCUCACAGCCUACCUGUAUAAUCUGCGUGUAUUUCCGAAAUCCACAUGGACUUUUCAGGAAUUUUCAGUUUCCAAUCAUGUACAUGGGUAAUUAUUAAAUGGUAAUAAACACAGAUUUUCCUACA